UCUGCAGGGCAGGCGGCCCCGCCCCCCCCCCCCGCGUGUGCGCAGGCGCGUAGCAGCCCAGGUUCCCGCAGGCUCAGCAUUCAGUGACCACAGGCUGAUUGUUGUAGGUUUAUGCCACCUGCCCAGAGGGGGUGGUGAUGGAUGGCAGAGCGGAAACGGAGGUCAUGAGAAGCACCAAAGGGAAUGCCGCUGGGGAGGUCAGCGUCCAUCUUGUCGCCAAUGAGAACACAGUGCAGAAUGCACACCUGCCUGCGACUGCCUUCAUCAUCCCAGCAAAUGCCACCACCAUCAACCUCCCAGCCAGCACCUUAGAGAUCCAGCGAUUUCCCCGGGAGCCGCAGAGAAACGCAGGCGCCGAGAGACUGGAGAGGGGGGCAGGGAACGAGCCGAUCACGGCGACCGUCAUCCCCCAGAUCAGCGGGGUGCAGACCUGCAAUACUGUCCGGGUGCUGGAGUGGAAAGAUGGGGUGGCCACUCUGCCUGGCAGCAACUUAAGGUUUCGGAUAAAUGAAUAUGGGACGCUGAAAGUGGUGAGUGCUGAUAAGAUCCCCCCUGUGGAGCCUCUAAAGGAGGAUCAUGCGGAGAGAGAUGGGGAGUUGGAGGUGGCGCCCACCAGCAGGGACAAUCCAGCUGCUGCUCAGGACGUGUCCGAGCAGCCCAAGCUGCUGACAGCAGAGGGUAUGUGUCACUGCGAUACCUGCGGCCGGAGACAUGUGUCGGAGGGGGCCCGGGAGGGCAGGGGAUUCUGCAGCGAACACUGUCAUCGGCAGUUCAAGGAAAGGUCUGUCAUAGUGGAGAACUCUGCCGGCAGCACUAACGCCACCGAAAUCCUCAAGCCGGUGAAAAAACGGAAAAGAAAGGAUUACCAGAGCCCUUCGGAGGAGGAGGAGUAUGAAUCAGAGCAAAUGGAGGAGAAGCAGGAAGAGAGAAAGAACUCAGGGGGAGACCCCACCAUCAGCAACACGGAGAGUGAAGAGUGGAGCAUGAACCAGCAUGGUUCCAGUGAGGAGAAGAAAGAAGGCUGGUCCUGGGCGUCCUACCUGGAAGAGCAGAAAGCCAUUGCUGCCCCUUUAAAUCUGUUCCAGGGCUACCAGUCAGUUGCCCAGCACAAGAACGGCUUCAAGGUGGGGAUGAAGCUGGAGGGGAUCGAUCCCCAGCACCCUUCGAUGUACUUUAUCCUGACUGUGGCUGAGGUGUGUGGUUAUCGGAUGCGUCUGCACUUUGACGGCUACUCUGAAUGCCAUGAUUUCUGGCUGAACGCUGACUCCCCCAACAUUCAUCCUGCUGACUGGUCUGAGGAGACGGGGCAUAAACUGCAGCCCCCCAAAGGGUGUUUAGGUUACAAGGAGGAGGAGUUCAGCUGGAUGAACUAUCUGAGGAUAACGAAGGCUCAGGCUGCUCCCAGGCACCUCUUUGUGACCCCAAACAAUAACACCGUUCCCACGGGAUUCCAGGUGGGCACGAAACUAGAAGCUGUGGACCGCAUGAACCCUUCCUUGAUAUGCGUUGCCACGGUGACGGACGUGGUGGACAAUCGUUUUCUGGUGCACUUUGACAACUGGGAUGAUACUUAUGACUACUGGUGCGACCCCAGCAGUCCGUACAUCCACCCAGUCGGCUGGUGUCAGGCACAUGGGAAACCCCUCACGCCUCCUCAAGACUAUCCUGACCCUGACAGCUUCAACUGGGAAAAAUACCUGAUGGAAACCGGAGCAUCUGCAGUGCCAGCUUGGGCCUUUAAAGUGCGGCCACCCCACAGCUUUCUGGUCAACAUGAAGCUGGAGGUGGUGGACAGGCGGACUCCCUCCCUCAUCCGCGUGGCCAGCGUGGAAGAUGUGGAGGAUUACCGGAUAAAGGUCCAUUUUGAUGGCUGGAGUCAUGUCUACGAUUUCUGGAUCGAUGCAGAUCAUCCGGAUAUCCAUCCCGUGGGAUGGUGCUCAAAAACUGGACAUCCACUGCAGCCUCCUCUCAGGCCAAAGGAACCAGCCGCUUCUGCCCACGGGGGCUGCCCUACCUUGGGUUGCAAGAGCAUCCCUCAUACCAAAGGCUCCAAGUACAGCUUUCACCACAGGAAGUGUCCAACACCAGGCUGUGACGGCUCUGGACACGUGACGGGGAGAUUCACGGCGCACUACUGCCUCUCAGGGUGCCCCUUGGCAGAGAAGAACCAGGGGAGGCUCAAGGCCGAUCUCUCAGACACUGAGGCCUCGGCCCGCAAGAGGAACCUGAUCGGCUUCCCUCAGCGAAAGAAAUCCCGACACCACGGAAGAGGGCGACCUCCAAAGUAUCGGAAGAUCCAGCAGGAAGAUUUCCAAACUAUUUCCUCGGACAAUAUGCACCAGGCCCUCUUCAUGUCGGCCUUAUCUGCUCACCCUGACCGCUCCCUGUCCCUCUGCUGGGAGCAACACUGCAAACUCCUGCCAGGGGUGGCUGGCAUCACAGCAGCUACUGUGGCCAAGUGGACCAUUGAUGAGGUCUUUAGCUUUGUUCAGACGCUAACAGGUUGCGAGGACCAAGCCAAACUCUUCAAGGAUGAGAUGAUUGACGGGGAAGCGUUCCUUCUGCUGACGCAGGCCGACAUCGUCAAGAUCAUGAGCGUCAAACUGGGCCCAGCACUCAAGAUCUACAACGCCAUCCUCAUGUUCAAAAAUGUCGACGACACCUUAAAGUGACCAUGCCCCACAGCCUGGGACUGCCCUCAGCACUGCAGCUGCCAAGUUGUCUGUCUGGCUCACUGGAGCAGAGACCUUCCCCACUGCAGCAGUUGUAAAAUCCUGCACGCUCCUUCUCUCUCUGAGUCACCUUCUCUGUCCUUGCACCAAACCCAUCUCUCUCUGUCUUUCUCUUCCCCUGCCCUGUUACACUUCUCCUCCGGCCUGGCGGGGGAGCUCCAGUUGGGGUACUGCUGACCAGUGCUCUCUCCCACUGAUGCUUUUAAAAAGACAGAAUGUGGACUUGAGACGGGAUGACCCCCCUACCUUUCAAGCGCUUCUGACUGACCCUGUUCCAUAGGAUGGCGUGUGUGUGUGUGUGUGUGUGUGUGUGUGUGUUUCAGGACCAAUGAGGUACUGGGGAGAAGGUGUGGGGGCUGAGGGAUGGUGGUGCUGCUCAAGAAACCAAGAUCAGAAAUUUUGGUGAUCUCAUAAGAAAUAAGUUGCCUCCAAACGCCCCUUCUCUCACAUACGUGAGUGUGCACACAUGCUUGUUUAGAGGAAUGACUCAUUUUCCCUUUUCUUAGCAAUUGAAGAGGAUUUUCCCAGCAUAUUUCACUGCGUUGGGGGUGGGUAUUUAACGCUUUUUCAAUGGGACAUUCUCAAGUAACUUUUGAUAACAUUCCAUUUGUUUUCUCUCCAGUUUUUGUGACUCUCCCUUUGAAGUUGGGCAGUAACUUUACUUUGCCCCCGCCCUGGUUCACCUUUGCCAUGAGGCCAACUUGAAUUUUCUUCCAUUUCCUUCUGUUUCUCAUGGGGAACGAGUCCAUAGUGCUAUUUAUGCUGCAGAUCUCUUUGCUGCUGGGGGAGUCAGUCUUUUAUUACUAUUUAUUAUUUGUGUUGCAGUAGCAGCUAGGAGCCCAAGUCAUGGACCAGGACCCCACUGCGCUAGGGGCUGUACAAACACAGAACACAACAGUGGACCCUGCCCCAAAGAGCUUACAGCCUAAGUAUAAAUAUACUAGCCACAUCAGCACAGCUCUGGAAUAAGGCUAGUCAGUUAAGUUGUGCCCACUCUGCUGGGUAGGUGGCUGCUCUGUAGCACAGACAUCCUUUGCAGAGUUAGAAUGGCUUUUUCCUUUCUGUCUCAAUAGUGGGGUUUUUAUUUUCAGAUCUCAGCAGCCCUUUGCCAUCAAACUGUAAGAAAUUUAAGGUGGGCCAAAUUUUUGUUCUUAGCUACUUGACACACAUCCCCUUAGGAUAAGACUUGCAAACUGCUUUUUCAAAAGACAAUCACCUGCUGGUUAUUAAUGAGACAGUAUCUUGGGAUUGGCUAAGAAAAGGUCAGUGUAGGUUAUGUGAUGGCAUGUGACCAAUUGCCUUUACUCCAGCCACGUAAAAACUUCCUGAAGGACCAAUCAGAAGAGGUGUAGGCUGGACAGAGGGACCACAGUCCCCAAUCCGCGCUCUGUCAGGUUAGAAACAUUUGCAUUUCCAAGGUCUGCAAUUCCUUAAAGGAAUGGACCUUUUCCUUUGCUUCCCUCCCCUCUCCCCAGUCAUUGAAGGCGGGGAUGAAAGCUCCUACCAUAUGCACCAGCAACAUGUCUCAUAGCAACAUGGCAUAUGAAGUCCACUUUCAUGUACAUAUGGGUCAAAUUCAUGCUAGGCUUCCCAUGGAAAUGCAGCAUUUUGACUCUUUUUAUUAUUGACUCUUUGGGGUCACAUUUGACCUGUCAUUCCAAUGUUUGCUGCUUGCCAUUCAUGAGAGAUUUUUACACAAUUUAUGGGGGUUUUUUGUAAGUGUUUGGGUGUGUUUUGCAAGUUCUCUUUCCUUCCCAUUCAUUUUCUUCCAUUCAUUCAUAUGCUGCCAUAUGUUCAUCUGCGGGGAGAAGCGAAAUGGGAGGAGAGGAGUUGUGGGCUCUGGACCCAAUCCUUCCAUUGAUGCAGUCUGAUCCUCAGCAAAUGGUGCCAAACCGGCCUCCACAUCCAAAGAGGACCUCUUCUCCUGGGCUGUUGUUGGUUGGGAGGAGAGAAAGAUGAGGAGUGACUUUGGGAUACAAACAUGGCUUCAGCUUUGGGACUCUCCAUAUCAACUUCCCCUGAAAUAUUUCCAAACUUCAUCCUGAACGCAAGCAAGUAUCCUGGUUAGCUCGUUAUAUCCCCGUACAAGGCUCAGUCAGUGUCUUUAUAGGAGGCAUAUACUGCAGAGAAAGAAAGGAAGAAGUCUCCUGUUCUCAUCAGCUCCAUCUCAACCUGCUAAGUGACUACAUUUGUCUUUUAGCUAAAGGUGAGCUAAGCAGUGCUGGCUGGAUGCCGGAGGGGCACUCUGGGUUUGGCACUCGAAUGGAGUGUCAGAUGCCUGAGUUGUGCUCUGCAUUUGAAGCUACAAUAAAAGAUCGAGUGGUUGGUUACUAUGGAAGCUGUUCCAAUAAGUGGGCCCAUUUUGAAGGGAACAGGAGCUGUAAAUGUCCGCCCAGGAUUGUCUCCCUAGAAUCUCAAUGGCCAAUGGGAUUAAAUCUCCUGUUCUAUUACUGAGACACUGGGUGAGCUGUUCUCUGGCUACCUGACACCUUACAGACUUUCAGCUGGAUUUCUGGGCUCCUGUGAAACUAACUUCCUGAUUCCUGCUGAGACUGUAGGCUGUAGCCACCUGAGAGCUCCACGGCUAAACUGUGCCCAUCCAACCCUUUCAUACAGCUUCUAGGAGAUUUACCUGAACUGCUUUCUCAUGUCCUUGCAGUGUAACCUCGGACACAGAUCAGACUGGACUGGUAUGCCCACCUGUAGGAAUGGUCUCUCGGGGGAGUCUCUCGGGUCAGAGCUCUCCAAGAAGAUGAUCCUCACUGGAAAUGUGAAGUGAGAUAGAGUGUGUGUGUGUCUGUGUGUGUGUGUGUGUCUGUGUUAAUGACAGCAUUCUUAUGUCAUGCUCGCUUAGCUGCUGCCUCAACCAUAAGUCCAUUUCCCUCUUGGGUUGACUAUUUCCUGACCUUUGAGGUAUGAAGCUUCUGAAUUGGUCUGGGUGAGAGAAAUGCAGAUUUUGUAGACGGCCAAGGGCUAUAUACUGUUAAAGCUUGUAACGUUUUUUUCUUAAAAAGACAAAAACCCAAAGCAGUGUGUGUAUGUGAGACAGAGCGAGAAAAUCUAUUGAUGCUAUUUCGUCUA